AUGGCCCUCCCAAGUACUACCCGAGCAUGGUCUAUCCGCGAGAUUAACAAAGACAGUUUUGACUCGCUUCUUGGCGAUCAUGAUGUCUUGGUUCAGAUCGAAGCCGUGUCUCUCAACUACAGAGACUUGGCUAUACCUAAAGGACUUUACCCCUUUGCCAUAAAUCUUCCCUUCGUUCCCGGGUCUGAUAGCGCCGGUAUCGUCCUUGCAGUUGGCCCCAAGGUUAUCAGAGUGGCCAAGGGAGACCGAGCUUGCACGCUAUUUAACGAGCACCACCUGACCAACCCAAUUACUCCUGAAGCCGCUGAAAGUGGCUUUGGCGGCGCGAUUGAUGGUACCCUGCGCGAGUAUGCCGUUUUUGGAGACCACGCUCUUGUCAAAGCCCCAACUUCUUUGAACGCUAUUGAGGCCAGCACUCUUACCUGCGCUCCCCUGACCGCAUGGAACGCCCUCUACGGACUGCAGUCAAAGGCCAUCAAGGCAGGUGACUGGGUCUUGACUCAGGGCACCGGUGGUGUCAGUCUUUCAGGUAUCCAGGUUGCCGCUGCUGCUGGCGCAACCGUUAAGCCAGGAGCCACCCACAUUAUAAACUACAAAGAGACCCCUAAUUGGGGUGAGGUUGCCAGAGCUCUGACUCCUGAAGGCGCUGGAUUCGACCACAUUCUCGAGGUCAGUGGCGCUGGGAGCCUUGAACAAUCGCUCAAGGCCAUCAAGCUGGAGGGUGUCAUCACUAUCAUCGGAUUCCUCGCACCAUCUGAGAAACAGCCCCCUCUGAUGGACGCUCUCAAACAUGUUUGCAUUGUCCGUGGCAUCUUUGUCGGUUCCAGACAACAGUUUGAGGAAAUGAACCGGGCCAUUGAUUCUGCAAAGAUUUACCCUGUUAUUGACUCUAACAUCUUCUCAUUUGAUGAUGUCAAGAAGGCGUACCAGUAUCAGUGGGACCAAAAGCACUUUGGAAAGGUUGUGAUUAAGAUUGCAAACUGAAAGGG